GCUACCCGGGGCAAGCAGGGCUGACUGGCGGCUAGGCGCCGGGGGGCGCCAAAGAGGCGCGAGUGCAUAGCCACCAGGAGGAAGUAGUUUCUGCAGCUGCUAAAAAGAGAGAGGCCCUGGCUUUGUGUCGGGCCCGAAAUGGCGGCAACUGGCGUGAAAUUUGGCCUCGGCUGUUAGGAAGAUGUUCCCUACAUUGGGUUAAUGGGAUCCGCGAAGCGGCGUCUGCGUUGGAGGAGUGAAGCAAGAACCCAGGCAAAUGUGCAAUACUAAAAUGGCCUCUAGCACCGACCAGCCCAUUGCGGGCACAUCUGGCAACAGCCGAACGGAUCAAGAAAAGUUGGUUAAACCCAAGCCGUUGCUGUUGACACUUCUAAAGUUUGCUGGUGCACAAAAGGAUACUUUUACUAUGAAGGAGGUAAUAUUCUAUAUUGGUGAAUACAUUAUGUCUAAACGUUUGUAUGAUGAAAAGCAACAACAUAUUGUCCACUGUGCAAACGAUCUUCUGGGUGAUCUCUUUGGAGUACAGAGUUUUUCUGUAAAAGAAUACAGGCAACUAUAUUCAAUGAUUUCCAAAAACCUGGUAACAGUCAGCCAGCAAGACUCUAGUAAUGUUAACACAUCUGUGAAUCAGUCCAGGUGCCAACUAGAAAAUGGAAAUACUAUACAGGAAUUGGUGGAAGAAUCCAGCGAAGCCAGUACUUCUAGGAGAAGGGUACACAGUGAAACUGAAGAAAGUCCUUUAGAAGAUAUGAGUGAUGAAAGACGGAGAAAACGGCAUAAAUCAGACAGCAUUUCCCUUACAUUUGAUGAAAGCCUUUCAUGGUGUGUGGUGGAUGGUUUAUAUUUUGAUCGAAGCAACAGCAGCAGUUCCGUAGGCUCUCCAUCAAGUCCAGAUCAUAAAGACAGUUCGUUAAGUGAAAAUUCAGACUGGCUAGACCAAGAUUCAGUUUCGGAUCAAUUCAGUGUUGAAUUUGAAGUUGAAUCUAUCUAUUCAGAAGAUUAUAGCCCUAAUGAAGAAGGCCAUGAGCUUACAGAUGAGGAUGAUGAGGUAUAUCAAGUAACUAUAUAUGAGACUGAAGAUAGUGAUAUCGAUUCAUUUGAUGAUGAUCCUGAAAUCUCACUAGCUGAUUAUUGGAAAUGCUCAAAAUGCAAUGAAAUGAACCCGCCUCUUCCACGCCAUUGCCCCAGAUGCUGGGCUCUUCGGGAGGACUGGCUUCCUGAGAAAAAGGCUGAAAAGUCUAUAAAGGACAAACUUGAAAAUGGCACGCUGCUUGAUCCUGAGGAAGGUUUUGAUGUUCCUGACUGUAAGAAAGGAAAGAUAAAUGAAGAUAAAGAAGCAGAGGACACAGAACAGAGCUCAGAAUCUCAGGAAAGUGAGGAAUAUUCUCAACCAUCUACAUCUAGCAGCAUGUUUUGCAGCAGUCAGGAAGAUAAUAAAGAAUACAAGAAGGAAGAAACUGAUGUCAAAGAGGAAAGCACUGACUCAGAUCUACCUCUUUCUAGUGUAGAACCCUGUGUCAUAUGCCAAACUCGACCCAAAAAUGGUUGCAUAGUACAUGGAAAGACAGGACACCUCAUGUCAUGUUUCACGUGUGCAAAAAAACUGAAGAAGCGGAACAAGCCUUGUCCGAUCUGCAGACAGCCAAUUGAGAUGAUCCUGCUAACUUAUUUUGGCUAGCUGGAAUACAAGCAGAACUGCUUUAAGGAUUCCAUAGACUGAUAAAAUUAAAAAAAUAUAUAUUUAAAAGAAGAUAUAUAAAUGUUUACAGAAGAGUUUUUUAUAUCUUGAACAUGGGCUUUUUCUUUCCAAAAAAGGCUUAAAAUUGCACUCAAAUUGAUAGAUUAAUGGUAAUGUUCUAAACAUCCGAUUAGCCUAAGCAGUUUAGCAUAGUGAUACAUUAUAACGUUAACAAAAGAAUGGAUUUAGUACUUGUGGUGAGAUCUUUUUAAUCCUAUUCCUGUUACAAGAGUAAAAUUGCAGCCCAAAUCUUCUAUUUCUAAAAAUUGUAUUCUUGAUUCAGGGGAAAAAAAUGAGACUUCAGCAUUUUAAAAAAUGAGGUAUACUUGUUUUCCAUUAUAUAUUUUCAAUCAUACUUUAAAACAGAAGACUAUUACAGCUUGCAUUUGCUGAGAGAUGCCCUUACUGAAAAGACAGUAGGGCAAGCUGCAUGUCCAGUUACUCCCUGUUGGACAACUACAGAUCUCUUAGCUGUGGUAAAGGGAUCAGAAGUAUACCAUGGGUCUCUGAGCAUUCUUUCCCCUCCGCUCUGGAAUGAUCUUACAUUGUACUUUAACUGGCUGUUGGCUGACACAGACUAGUAUGCUCUCUCAAACGGAGAUAGAAUAUCUGGUUAGUGUUAAUAUCAGUGCUGACACAUCCCCUAACUACGAUUAAGGCAGGAGGGAGAAAUCUGCUCUAGGGCUAGGCAGAGAAUAACCUGUUUCCACUGUCCCUGUCUUGAUGUCCAUAUCCCUUUUGCCAGCUCCUCAAAACUCAGAGAUGCUUUCAAAGUGGUCUUUGAUAGCAGGGAACAAAAUACUUUCUGGAUGGUGUGGAGGACAAGGGCAGCAUGCAGAAUCAAUUGUGCCUAAAGGGGCUCUUUGGAUCAUAGCUGCCAUGUCUCCAUUUAUGUGCUAAAGUUAUAAUGCCCUAUUAAAUUGAACUUAAUGCUUGUUUUAUGUUUUUAUCUUCAAAUAUUGUUAUGAAAACCUGGUGUUUUGUCACAGAGCAGAUUUUUAAAUGCAUAGCCUUAAUUUCAGUGAUGUGAGACUUAGCAUUCCAUUCUUGUCAACAUAAUGACAAAAAAAGUUUCAGUUUAUUUUAUUUGAGCAAAACAAAAAUAUUGAAGUCCAGUACAAUAUUUGAAUUAUAUAUUUACAAGUGUCAAAUUCUCAAUAAAUGUAUUGGUGGUGCACUUUCUGACUAUAGCUUGUUACCUACCAUAUUUUAAUCAGGCAAUCAAAACAUGUUGUAUUUUAUGUUAAGAACAUAAGAAAAGCCCUGCUGGAUCAGGUCAAAGACCCACCUGGUCCGGCAUUGCAUUUCCACAUUAGUCAACCAGAUGCCUAUAAGUAGCCUGCAAGCAGGACAUGAGCACAGCCGUUCACUACUUUGGUUCUGUAGCUACUGUUCUCCCACAGGAAUUAAGCAUUAUCUCUCCUCUGUUGUAUCAGAGGGUCCCCAAAACACUAUUAGAAAGAUUUUUUUGCAUGAGAUCACCAAACUGGGAUGUAAUAAUGAUACUGAAUUGCAGUGUCAGUCUUUUUAAUACAUCGCUGUUUGGAGUUGAGCAGUGAUUUCUCUUCAUAUGUCAGAUACAGGAGAUUCCAGAUAGAUUCCUAAGGCAUUCCAAACAUAUUUCCCAUAAUUUGUAAGGAAAAGGUAAGAGGAUUCAUUUGGGCCUCACUCUUUUCUACCCCAUAAAAGUAAUGGUGUGCACUCCCUGAUAUGGAGAAACUAAACCAACGAUUCAAGGAAUAGAAUCUCCAUCAGUGCAAACAAAUUUUCACAGAUAACACUUCAGUUUUCCUCACUGCAUGUUUUAGUUGUGGGCGUAAAGCAUGUUAGUCUCAUCUUUUUUUACCCAAUUAUCUGGUGCAUCUUUCCUGUAGAGUGGAAAUCUGAUUCAAAGUAUGGGCAACAAAAGGGCACAGCAACAACUGAAGCCCACUUGAGCAUACCCUAUUGCACAUAACUGUGCUCAGUGGUAUUUGGUAUGGGAAUCUGAUAACUACCAGUAAAAGUAGGUAAGCUGGCUCAGCCUCAUAAGAGUAGACAAUCCUCAAAAUGCAAGAGUGUCCUUGUGCACAUGCUCUGAAAGUGCACACAUAAUAAUUGGAUACCAUAUAUAGCUUGCUCCAAUGCAGGAGAAUGCUGCUGCUUUGUGCCUUCAGCCCAAUCCAUUUGUUACCAAAGAAAAAUAGCCCAGCAAAGACAAUGCAAAAAGUAAGAAAUCAAUAGAGAUUAUUGAUGGACCAACAACAGCUGAGGCUUCCAUUUUCCAGGGCUGACUCUUCCAGAGUUCCUCCUUUUCCAAAUACCUCCAACCAUGCUUUUUCAAGAACAACUCAUGCCUAUGAGGUUCUGCAUCUCCCUCCCUCCCAACCCCAGCUUCAAUUGAGAAGACCCAGACUGUUUCUACUUCCAUUUUUUCUCUCGGUGCCCGUCCCCUUCUUAAAGCUUGCUCUGCUGACUCAGUAAGUGGAGCUUCUUUUCCUUCACUUCCACCUCCCUUGUCUGUCAUUCGCAGGACUUAAGGGGAAAGAGAGUGUGUGUGUGUGCAAGUUCUCUGGCAUUGUUAAUAGUUCUUACAUUGCAUGCAAGCCAAGACUGCUUUUCUGAGAACUGCCAUGGGUCCUAUAGCUGAUGAGAUUGGAGAUAUGUCACCAUAGCUGGGAGGUAGAGAGGCAAGCAGGAUUGUUAUGGAAAAACUGCCUGAUAUGUCAAGCAAUUCUCAAUGGCACUCACAUAUAUGUUGAGAAUAUAAGAGCUCUGCAGGAUCAGACCAAAAACCAUCUAGUUCAGCAUCUUGUUUUCCACAAUGGCCAACAAUGCCUCCAGGAAGCACGAAAGCAGGACACAAACAGAAUAGCCGUUCCCUGCUGUUACCGUUCAGUAACUUGACUCUAUUUUCAAAUGCAGUUCCAAUUUAGCUAUGAGAUCACAAUUCUGUCUGGUACUGCCAAGCCAAGUGAGUUAAAUUUGACUCUAAACUCCAUUCCAAAGGCAGCAUGCUGCCAUGGCUUGAGUGUUGGGUUUGGAAGAUAUUACAGUAUCGGCUAAUCACUGGGUAGAUUUCAGCAAAUUGCAUAACUUAACAUUCAUGUUGUUGGGAAGCUACCAUCAUAAUACAAUGUAUCUCAGGAGUCUCUACAGAGGUUAGUAAUGAUGGACUGCAAUCAAGGAUUGUGUUGGUGAAAUUUCAAAUAUACCAUUUGUUAGACUUUAUAUUGGAAGACCAUCAUGAUAACGAAUGAACUGUUAAUCAAAAAAGUAGAAUGUGGUAACAGUAACAGCUGCUCAAAAAGAGAACAAGCUUCUUAUCUAAGUAUGUACCAUUCUUAGUAAUUUGUGCUUGCAACAGUAAUCCUUUAGUGCAAGGAUGGGGAACCCAUAGCACUCCAGAUGUUGGAUUACAACUCCCACCAUCCCUAACUGCUGGCAAUACUGGCUGGGGCUAAUAGGAGUUGACAUCCAGUUAUACCACUGGUUUCCCAUCCCUGCUUUUUAAUAUAUGAAGGCAUACUUACCUAGAAGUCCAGUUGAACCCUGCUGUAAUGGUCAUGCCAGCUUGCCAGCCUUACCCUGGCCUGCAGUUAAAAUGGCUAACUCCCAAAGCCUUAUGGGGAAUUCUUCCCCUUGACAUCUUCCUUGUUAGCUUGCUAGCAAGCAGUUAAAUCUUUGAUGUUCUUUCAUCACUGUGGCUUGGUAAUUUUUAUAACACAGCUGUACCAGCUUACAGUAAUUUUGCACCUUCUUAUCAGUGGAAGGGGCCUGGUUCCGCCAAGGCCGUAAAACUCCUUGCUUUGUUAUGGGAAACCAAGAGGAGGCGCCAGGUGCUGUGGGAACAUCGUUUUUUCAUCCCUUUGAUGAAAAUGUUAAUUGGUUAAUUGUCUCUGGCUGGGAGGAAAUUUUCCUCCAUAAGAGGAGGCUCAGAACUCUGGGUUGGUGUCCCACUUCGGAGCACUACCUUGCCUAUGGUGAUGUUCUGUUGUGGCUCCAUUUACAACUUGACUUGCAACUCCCUGAGGGGAAGGAGGCUAGCUAUUGAAAGAUCCUAUGCUCUUGUAAGUAUAGCUAAGGCAGAUAGCUUUGUUAUUUUGAUUUGUGCCAAGAAACUUUCCUUUACCUUUGUUAUUAAACACUUUACCUGUUUGGGUGUAUGGUUUUAGGAUUCAAUUUGCUGCUACAAAUUAUUUGUGUGUACCUUUUUGCUU